AUGACCGAGAAUUACAAAGAAUCGUAUGACAAGUGGUGUGAGAAAUGUAAUCAUUGCGUCCCAUAUCUAUUUGCUAUCUAUGAAGUCAUGCUCACAUCUCCAUAUUGGAGUUUCCCUUGCCUUACGACAACCAGUCUAUCCCUGGAUUACUCGCUCAAUGGGGGAAGCCCAAGUGUCCACAUGCAGAGCGACAUCCAGGCAGGGGGGGCCUUGUACAAGCUCAUGCUGCGCGUUGCCAAAAAGGGAGUCUGGAUGGAGCCGCCCACGUGGGACUUGCAGUCCAGCUGCAAAAUCCAAACAUGCGGAACAGAGGCUUAA